UGUUACUGCGCCCUCUGUUGACAACAGUGCAGGUAGAUUUGGACCUUGCCCCUCCAGAAACUUAGCUGCUUCUAAGUUCUAAGCGUAUUUUAACCCAAAGCCUGUGUAAAUAUGGGGGUUCUAGAUGAAUUCAUUGGGAAAGCUUUCUAUUAUACCAUAGAUGCACCGGUAACAUUUGUCAGAGACUUUGUGGAGCAACAACAGAACAAACGUCCCUACUACUACUACCACAGGCAAUACCGGCGUGUGACCCCGGUCGAAGAUUGCAAUACCGACGACUAUGUGUGUCUGUAUGAAGCUGAGAUGCAGUACAGGAGAGAUAGGUUGGUGGAUCAGCAGAUCAUUAUCCAGCUCCAGGAAAUGGUCGGGGAGUGCUCGACGAGGGAAGGACCCAACGCCAAGUCUGCAUGCAGACCUCUCCUGGAUGAAUAUGACGAGGCUGCGACAAACUACGACAUCAAAUAUGGAGGUUUAGGGGCAGCUGGCAAUGCAGUCAGAUGCAUGAUGAAACAGAAACAUCGCAUGUUGGAGGACAGGAGAAAAGCCAAAGAAGCCGGUGAAUAGACCCAAAUGAUGUGCAACAACAUAAUGUAUUUAUGUAGAGUACAUGUACUUGAAGUUCUGGAGUUUUUGACAUGUAGGUGAUUUUAAGUUUGGAGGAGGGUACAUCGAGAGGUUGUUGUAGAUUCUGUUUUGGAUAAAGAGGGCUUUUGAUGCUUAUUUUGGCUCUUCCCCUUUGUUGAUGGAAACCUUGGGUACAUGGUGGGUUCAUGUACAUUGUGUACUUUCCGGAGGGAAUAUUAAUCUAGGAGCAAAGAGACUGGACCCAUGUCAAUUUGCUGACUUGCCGAUCAUCUUCCUCUUGAAACAAACUUGGGCAAGUCUGCCCUUCCAGAUUUGUGUGGGUUCCUGAACAGGUUCUACAUAGAGACUUUUAAAUACAUGUAUACUUGUAGUGAGAAUGGAAUGCAUGUACAUUUGUACACUGAACAAGCAAUGUGGGAAUGGUAUUUGCUGUUGACGAUAAUAUCUAUACUGAGGAAAUGAUUGAAUGAAAGAUUGUAUAAAAAUGUGCCUGCCACACUUUUGGCUACACCCAAUUGGAUCGAGGUUGACAAGGCUUUCCACUUUAGCCCUAACCCCCUUGAGUGGUUUCCUAGGAACCUUCCUCACUCUUGCAAAUUCCAACACCACUAUGGUAAACUCUACACCCAAACUGUUGGACUGAUUGUGGUGGUUUGUCCAACCCCAUGUACAGCAUAAUUGUACAUUGUACAGUACUCACUCCAACAGAUUCCUACAAACCCUGGUGUUGGAGUUUGACUGGAUGGGGAUUGUUAAGGUUUAAUAAUACAUUCACACUGUAUGUUAGCCAGUACAUGUACACUGUACGGUACAUUGUGCAGUACUCACUCCAACAGAUUCCAACAAACCCUGGUGUUGGAGUUUGACUGGAUGGGGAUUGUUAAGGUUUAAUAAUACAUUGACACUGUGUGUUAGCGUUUUAUGGUCUACAUGAAGCAAUCAUAACUAAGCUGUGUGUGACCGCAUUGUUGCUCCAUUGAACCACUGGUUACCUUUGAGAGUUGAAUAAAAGUUGUUUUACUGCUGAGAAA